AUGGUCAAGAAUGACUUGGAUAUCUACCCCUUGCCCAUAUCAGUCUUGACUCUUGACCAUAAUUAUAUGGAGGGUAAAGACUUGAUGAUGUUGGGCUAUGUAGCUAAAUCCCACUCUACAAAGUUUGAAAUGAACAGGGGGACACUACAAAAUUUCAAAUUUGGGCGUGAGCGUGAUCCUAUGCAUGUUGAUACCAACGUCACACAGUGUGACUUGGUGACGUUCCUUCUCGCUUCAACCGACAACCAACGCCAACUACUCCACCUUACCACCACGUCGCCGCCAUGCGUCACGCAACCCCCCACCACGCGUCGACGACCUCAAUCACGACGAUCAGCACCCACAAAAGUCGACGAGACGAUGACCACAACGUCGUCACGGACCAACCACAACCACCCCGACAUCACAGGAACGACGCGGCAGCGCCACGUCACCAACUCGCAAGCACACGAGAUCGAUGGAGCACUAGUAGCUGCCAUUUACAUCAUGUAA